AGGGCAAGUUGAACAAUAACAAUCAUCUAUGGCCCGUUUGGUAUUGUUUUGGUUUUCAGCUUGUGUUUUCGAAGCAGAUGAUGAAACUCGCGUUUUUAAAAUUCUGUUUGUAAAGUCAUUAGAACUCCUGGCAGAAGAGAUUUAUUGCUUCCAUAGAAGAGUGAAGAUAAAAGCAUGGAAUGCCGGAAGGUUUGCUCGACUUCAAUCUUCAUGCUGAGUGGAGAAACAAAAAACACAAAACACCUACAAUACUUGAAACAGACCUUAUGAAGGAGUCAUGCUGGUUUGGGGCGUAGCCGACCCCACAAGCGGUUUCACUUGGACCGUCUUUUCUUCUCUGCCGAGGUAAUUGGAGUAUGGAUGAGAAGUCUCUUCGGAUCUCCGUGAUAACGGGCGUUCCAUGAGGUCACCCGUGAAGUGUUUGGAUCGCAGAGGUUGAUCUUCUUAAGUACUCGGAGAGAACAAUCAGAUAGCAGGGUGGAAAAGCAUGUGCUGAGCUCGAGAAUCCGUUCCUAACGAGAUGGCGGCGAUAACGGAAACUCUCGGGUGAUGCGCCCGGUCCUCAUUCAUCAGACUGGUGGGUAGACGGACGGCUGAGAUGGGUGCUUCCCGUUGGAAGAUGAGAUGAGGACAAGAUCUCCACGCCGAAGGGAGUCGGGGACUCGUCGCUCUUAAGAGGAGGCCGGCCACUUCUCGGCUCUCGGCAUCCCUCGUUGCGCACGUGUCCGCAUGGCUCUCUCUCCGUUCCGCAACGUGUCCUCUCUCUCUCUCUCUCCCCCUCCCCGUGCCCACCGAUAGCUAUACGCAGAAAGGAGCAGGUCAUCGAUGGACUUUCCUCACCGGCUCCAUUUUCUCAUCCUCAGCUGUGGACUACAUCCAUGUGACUGACGAGAGGAUAUCUAAACAUCGACGAUGGCAGUCUACGCUUCAUGGUCGAUGGGCCAUUGCUUCUCUGGACUUUUACAUGGCCAGUAGUUGGUCUUGGUAGCCUUAUCAACUUAGUUGCAAGCUCCAGGGACUGGAGAGGAACAUGCAUGCUGGACCUGACUGGAACAUGUCUUGAUCUAAUCACGAACAUGAUAUUUUUUGUGACGAAGCCUCUCUCAUUGAUCCAAGUUGUCUUACUGCUUUGUGCAAGGAGCGUCUGUUUUGUUGCCCUUGCAUGGUGGCGGCUGGUGAAUUUGAUCGUCAACUUCCAUGCUAAUUCGUGCUGGCAGAUCAUGGUUUGCUCGGCUGCUUUCUUGACCCUUCCCGUCCGGAUAUUGACGGCUCUAGAAAGGGAGAGGAAGCUAGAGAGGCUCCUUAGUGAGAUGCAAAUUCAGUUGGAGAGCUUUAUCUGGGAAAACAAGGAACUUGAAGAACGACUGCAAAUGGCUGUCAAAGACCGAAGGGUCAUAGGGACAAUGCUUCAGGAGAUCGAAGAAGAGAAUGAAAAGGCUCUUGCUAGAAUUGAUCUACUAGAGAAUGAGCUGCAGGAUCUUAAAGAAGAGAAUAUGCGCCUGAAGGAAUCUCAGGGGAAGGCCUUAUGCAGUCGCAAAAGUCACGAUGACAUGCCCCUUGGCACUCACCAUGGUAUUCCCUCAUGGAGGAGUCCCAGCUGCGGCGAGAGCGGGAUGAAUCCUCGGCUGCAUGGGGACUCGCGGUGCGCCGGUGACAAAGGCAAGAUUACUCGUGGCACUCACCAACUUGUUUCGAGCGACAUGAUAACGAUGGAUGAGUCGCUGGAGAGACAAAGGGUCGUGGCACUUCACCGGAGUCUGUUCGGCGCCAUGCUAUCGCUUCUGGUGGGCAUGAUCAUCUGGGAAGCCGAAGACCCAUGCCUGCCCCUGGUAGCAGCACUGUUUACAGUGGUAGGGAUGUCCCUGAACAGCGUGGUCCAGUUCUUCUCCACUAUAAAGAACAAGCCAGCUUCUGAUGCUGUUGCUUUGCUGAGCUUAAACUGGUUCAUACUUGGUGCUCUCACCUACCCAACUUUGCCCAGGGUUGCUCGAAUGCUCGCACCCCAGGCCGUCAACUUUGCAGAACAGGUGGUCUGCUGGCUUGGCUACUCCACCUAGCCUGAUGGUGAGCUGAUGGCUUAAUUGCAGCCGUGGGGCAGGAGACCUGUUUUGGAAUUCCUUCCAGAUUUUGAGCUGUAAAUUAGCAAGUUUAUCUUUUUACAAGUUUUAGCUUACAGAUUUUGGAAUACCUGUUUUGGAAUUCCUUACGGAUGUCCGAGGUUUGGCUGGGGCUUUCUGGCCGUUCGUGUAGCUUCUGACUAGCUGUAUUGUUUGCAAUCUUUUCUCGCUUUUUGCCACACAUUUCAUUGUGAAAAAUGGAUGGCCAAAGCUUGCAUAAAGGAUGAUUUUUAUUA